AUGGAGGAGGGCAGUGGGGAGACACCAUCCCCCACAAAGCUCCCCUCCAAGAAGCAGGUGAAGAAGGAAAUGGACAGGUUGACCACUCAGCUGCAGCUGAUGACCAUGGAGAAAAAUUUGCUGAGAGAUCGCCUGAUCCUCAUCACAGAUGGAUCCUUGGACAAUAGGCCCUACUACAGGCCAAAUCCUUUCUAUGAAAGACUGAUGACACAGCAUAAACAGGUGAUAUUGGACCUGCAGACCUUAGAGCAGGAGCACACUGAAGCCUCACAGAACCUCAAGGAGCUCGACAAGGAGACUGGCUUCUAUUGCAACCUCCACAGCCGGCUCCUGAUGGAACAGGCUCAGUUGAAGAAGAAGGUGGACAUGAUGACACAGGACAAUGAGAUGGCACAAGAGAAUCGGGUCCUGCUAAAACACCAGUUGGCAGAAAUGCAGCAGAUUUUUAAGGACCAAGAGGAGGAGACCAGUGACCUCCAGACACAGCAACUAGACAAGGUCUGGAACCAUUUGCCUACUGGACUCUUUGUCUGA